AUGGAGUUUAAAAAGAUAAAACCACCAUCGUUUAAAGGAGGAAUUGAAACAAUGAAGGCUGAGGCAUGGGUGUUAGGAAUAGAAAAAUUGUUCGAAGUUUUCCCCUGUACUGAAAUCCAAAAGGUACAGCUUGCUGCUUUUACUCUUGAAGAUGAAGCACGGAGGUGGUGGAUGCUUACAAGAGUAAUGCAUCAGGGGUUGACAUGGGACAGGUUUUUGGUGCUGUUUUAUGAUAAAUAUUUUCCCCAGAGUAUGCGAGACAAGAAGGUGACUGAAUUCGAAACAUUGAGACAAGGAAAUAAAACGGUUACCGAAUAUGAAGCUCAAUUCGCGGAACUAGCCCGGUAUGCACCUCACAUGGUGGAUACAGAAUAUAAGAAGGCACGAAAAUUCGAAGGAGGAUUGCGGGGUGCUACUCUGGACCGAGUUAAUGUAUUGAAGUUGCCUACCUAUGUUGAUGUGUUAGAACGAGCUGUUAUAGCAGAAGGGAACAUUGCUGCUCAGACUUGGAUUUUUGAAUAG